AUGAUGGUGAUGUUCAAAACACUCAGUGUGGGGUUUCUACUCAGCUUCCUACCCAAAGGCACCUCAGUGUGUGGUGUGGCUCCUUUGAACAACAAGAUAGUGGGAGGACAGAAUGCUGCUGCAGGUUCUUGGCCUUGGCAAGUCAGCAUUCAUCAUGCCUAUAAUUUCCAUUUCUGCGAUGGAUCCCUCAUCAACAGUGGCUGGGUUCUGACAGCAGCACACUGCUUUGCAAAUACCAAAACCAACAUAACCAACAUGAAUCAGGUGUCCAGAUCUGUCACAAGUGUCACCAUAAACCCCAACUAUGAUGCAAAUACUCUGAACAAUGACCUGGCCCUGCUUCAGCUGUCUUCCACAGUGACCUUCACCCCCUACAUCACUCCUAUCUGUCUGGCUGCCUCUGGUAGCACCUUCUUCAAUGGAACCCUGUCCUGGGUCACUGGCUGGGGGAACAUCGCCUCUGGAGUAAGUCUUCCAUCUCCUGGGUACCUACAGGAAGUGCAAGUCCCAAUUAUUGGAAACAGGCAAUGUUUCUGCUUAUAUGGUGGAGGAAUCACAGGAAACAUGAUUUGUGCUGGAGCUUUAACAGGAGGGAAAGAUUCCUGUCAGGGUGAUUCUGGAGGUCCAAUAAUCCUCAAACAAGGUUCUAUUUGGAUCCAGGCUGGGAUUGUGAGCUUUGGUACUGGAUGUGCUCAGGCAAAUUACCCUGGUGUGUACACCAGAGUGUCUCAGUACCAGAACUGGAUCAACCAGGUGAUCACCAGCAACCAACCAGGCUUUGUCAUGUACAUGUCCAGUGGAACUAACGCAGACAUUAAUGUGACCUGCAGUAACCUGCUUUCUGCCACCAACUUGUUCAGGCUUGAUGUAUCGUUUCUGGUUGGUUGA